UUACGGAUACGGAGUUAAGGCGGGGUAGGGGAAAUCGUGCGCCGGCGAGCAAAUCGUAUAUGUCAGAUUCGUGGCAGAGGGGUCAGCGCGAGGGAAGGAACGACACGAAAUCGAACGUUUUCUGGGCUUAGUGGGAACGUGAGACACGCACACACAAGCGGGCAGGAUGAACGACAUGGAGGCCUACGGGGAUGGAUACAUGGCACCCGAGGAGGAAUGGGAGAGGGAGGGUCUCUUGGAUCCCGCUUGGGAGAAGCAGCAAAAAAAGACAUUCACAGCUUGGUGCAACUCGCAUCUACGCAAAGCAGGCACUGCCAUCGAAUCGAUCGAAGACGAUUUCAGGAAUGGGUUGAAACUGAUGUUACUGCUUGAGGUCAUCUCAGGUGAGACUCUUCCGAGACCAGACAGGGGCAAAAUGAGGUUCCACAAGAUUGCCAACGUGAACAAGGCCCUCGAUUAUAUCGCUAGUAAAGGCGUUAAGCUGGUUUCAAUUGGUGCGGAAGAAAUCGUUGACGGUAAUCUAAAGAUGACUUUGGGAAUGAUAUGGACCAUUAUCUUGAGAUUCGCAAUCCAGGAUAUCUCUGUAGAGGAGAUGACCGCGAAGGAAGGACUGUUACUUUGGUGCCAACGCAAAACGGCACCGUACAAGAAUGUCAACGUUCAAAACUUCCAUUUAUCCUUCAAGGACGGUCUCGCGUUCUGCGCUCUUAUCCAUCGUCAUCGGCCUGAUUUGAUCGACUACAAUAAACUCAGCAAAGACAACCCCCUGGAGAACUUGAACACUGCCUUCGAUGUCGCUGAAAAGUAUCUCGACAUUCCUCGCAUGUUAGAUCCCGAUGAUUUGAUCAACACUCCCAAGCCGGAUGAGCGAGCUAUCAUGACGUAUGUGUCCUGCUACUACCAUGCGUUCCAAGGUGCCCAGCAGGUCAAUAUGCGAAAUACGGCAAUGCCUGAUGAGAGAGCUGUGAUGACCUAUGUUUCCUCAUACUACCACUGUUUUAGCGGUGCUCAAAAGGCAGAGACAGCGGCUAACAGAAUCUGCAAGGUACUGAAGGUGAACCAAGAGAACGAGCGUCUCAUGGAGGAAUACGAGCGCUUGGCUUCCGAUUUACUCGAAUGGAUACGACGAACGCUACCAUGGCUCGCGAAUCGACAGACUGAUAAUUCCCUCGCUGGUUGUCAGAAGAAACUGGAGGAGUACAGGACAUAUCGGCGCAAACAUAAGCCGCCGCGUGUCGAACAGAAAGCCAAGCUGGAAACGAAUUUCAAUACUCUUCAGACGAAACUGAGGUUGAGCAAUAGACCGGCGUAUAUGCCCACAGAAGGAAAAAUGGUGUCCGACAUAAAUAAAGCGUGGAGAAAUUUGGAGUUGGCCGAAAAGACGUUCGAGGAUUGGUUAUUGUCCGAAAUGAUGCGUCUAGAGCGACUGGAACAUUUGGCGCAAAAAUUCAAGCACAAGGCAGAUGCUCACGAGGAUUGGACCGCCGGCAAAGAAGAGAUGCUCACGUCUCAACACUUCCGGCAGUGCAAAUUAAACGAACUUAAGGCCUUGAAAAAGAAGCAUGAAGCUUUCGAAUCAGACCUCGCUGCUCAUCAGGAUCGCGUAGAACAGAUCGCGGCUAUUGCUCAAGAACUUAACACCCUCGAGUAUCACGAUAGCGCAUCUGUGAACGCCAGAUGCCAACGCAUUUGUGAUCAAUGGGAUCGCUUGGGUACGCUCACUCAACGUAGACGUCAAGCUCUCGAUGAAGCCGAGAAAAUACUGGAGAAGAUAGACGUCUUACAUCUGGAAUUUGCCAAGCGCGCUGCUCCAUUCAACAAUUGGUUGGAUGGAACUAGAGAAGAUCUAGUGGACAUGUUUAUCGUCCACACAAUGGAGGAAAUCCAAGGUUUAAUGGACGCACACGCUGCAUUCAAGGCUACGCUGGGCGAAGCAGAUAAAGAGUACAAUUCAAUUGUAGGAUUGGUGCGCGAAGUCGAAUCCAUAGUCAAGCAAUACCAGAUUCCUGGCGGCCUAGAGAAUCCUUACACUACUCUCACUGCAAUGGACCUUACUAAGAAAUGGAGCGAUGUUAGACAAUUAGUCCCUCAACGCGAUGGUACUCUAGCAGCUGAACUUCGCAAACAACAAAAUAAUGAACUGCUUAGACGACAAUUCGCUGAAAAAGCCAAUGUUGUUGGACCAUGGAUAGAACGUCAGUUAGAUGCCGUAACUGCGAUUGGUCUCGGUCUUCAGGGAACUCUCGAGGAUCAGUUACAUCGUCUGAAGGAGUACGAACAGGCUGUAUAUCAAUACAAGACUCAUCUUGAAGAAUUGGAGAAGAUUCAUCAAGCGGUUCAGGAAGGUAUGAUCUUUGAGAACCGCUACACUCAGUAUACCAUGGAAACGCUGCGUGUUGGUUGGGAACAGCUUCUGACAUCGAUCAAUCGCAACGUUAACGAAGUCGAAAAUCAAAUUCUCACCAGAGAUUCAAAGGGUAUCACUCAGGAGCAGUUGAAUGAAUUCCGCAGCAGUUUCAAUCAUUUCGACAAAAACAGGACAGGUCGAUUGGCACCGGACGAAUUUAAAUCUUGCCUCGUGUCUCUGGGAUACUCUAUUGGGAAGGACAGACAAGGCGACAUCGACUUCCAACGAAUCCUGGCCAUUGUCGAUCCUAAUAAUUCAGGCUAUGUGCACUUUGACGCUUUCCUCGAUUUCAUGACACGUGAGUCUACUGAUACUGAUACAGCGGAACAGGUCAUCGAUAGUUUCCGCAUUCUCGCUGGUGACAAGCCUUACAUCUUGCCAGAUGAAUUGCGGCGAGAAUUACCACCGGAUCAGGCGGAAUAUUGCAUUCAGCGAAUGCCUCCAUACAAAGGACCGAGCGCUGUGCCUGGAGCAUUGGACUAUCGCUCUUUCUCAACGGCUCUAUAUGGUGAAUCUGAUUUGUAAAUUUACGUAAUAAUCGAUAUUAUUCGAAGCGGAAUAAUAUCAAAAAAAAAAGAUACAAAAAGCGAAUCAGAUAUUGUCAAUUGACAAGUGAACGCCUCAAAAUUACUCCUACUAUUUUAAUACUUUAACGCAUCAACGUAUUUUCAUGUGGCGAUACGUUUUACAAAAAUGAAACUCAGUAUGAGAGAGUACAAUACAUUCAAUAAUACGUUCAUUACACUAAAUAUUAAUAAUUGUACGUACGUGUGUAUGUAUGUAUACGUAUGCAUACACACUCAAGGUUAUUGGAAUGUUUGAGGUAAGAAAGAACAGAUGGUGUCAUUUUAACGCAAAGGGAUCUAAGUGUGUCAAAAUAGAUAAUUAAGAAUUCUUCCACAUGAAUGGAAAUCACAUAUCAAAUAUACAAGGAAAGAGGAUUUACGUAACUUAUAUAAGUCUGUUAACGUGACAAUAAUGAGUAUCAAAUAUAUUUAGAUACCUUUCGUUAAAAAGAUAAGAAACGUAAAUAUAUGUAGACACGAAGUUCGAAAUCAAUGUACUCUUCUAGAACGUUUUGCUACAUGCUUGCUCUUUUAUUCUUUUAUGUAGUCUACACCGAAACGAAACGGCUCGAAUUUUCUUUUUUUUCUUUUUGGAAUAGUAAGUGCCAAUGUUAGAUAAGAUCUUGUGCAAUUCUUGUCUUGUAAUAGAAAGGAAUUGCGUCUUAGACUGGUAAUUGUGGCAAAAAGAAAAGGCUCACAUAAUUGGAUAUGCAUAGUUAGUGAGUGCAUUGAUACUAGAGGCUCUCCAAAUUAUUAUUAGAAUAGCAUUACUGGAUAUUUAUUCUAAAGUAAAUCCUAAUAGCCUACAUUUUAUAUUUGAUUAUACAGCGAAAGAGAUAUAUAUACAUAUAUUUUUAGACUUGCGAUUUUUGCUAUUGUAACAUAACAAUUUAACAAUGUUUUUGGAUUGAAUUUUUCUGACCGAAUCCAUUGUAUCUUCAUUAUAUUUUAUAAUUGUAUUAUGUUCGUCGAUAACUUAAACGUGCCCCUUUAAAAAUUGCCAAGUUUUAUACAUUACAUAUCGGGUGCACAUUCCGUAAGGCCAUAGAUCAAUGUUCGCACAAACGUUAAAUUAAAAGAGAAGUCGUCAAGAUAUUAAAAUUCAAAGAAAUAAUAAUAACGAGUCCUUAACGAUAUAUAAAUCGAUCUUCUCGCUAAGUAUCCAGAAAACGUACGCUCGAAAUCGAAUAAUGCCCAUAUUUUUUUUAAUAAGCGCGGCACUACGAAUCUUUAAACGACAAGCCGUCGCCUUGUAAAUCGUAUGUUAAAGAUAUUGCGAGACGAAUAUGCUGAACGAAGCAAAUUAUUUAUUUAUUUGACUUUAAUAAUUAUUUAUUAUAUCGCUCCGAUAUAUAUCUAUUUUACGGUAGUGAACGGAACACUUUUCUCUCAAAGUAUUUAUUUUUAUAAAUAUCUGCAAAGGGCGAUAAGGCGCUAAUUGUAAUAUAGAGUUCAUCGUGUAAAUCUCCAAAUCGCAGCUAUCAUUUCUUGUAUCACAGUUUAAAUGCGACGCAGCCUUAGCAAAAGUGAAGUCAGAGUCAUCAUUAUUGUUUAAAUCGUUGUGAAAAGUCAAUCUCUCGAUAAAAAUACUCGUGUGUGAAAUACAAUUAUUUUUAUUGUAAUAAAAAAAAGUAUACUGUGUAAAUUUCUUUCUUAUUUCUUUCUUUUUUCUCUGUGUUUUGCUUAUUGCGGCUAUAAUGAGC